GCUCCCCCUGGCGGCUCACCGUCAGACUGCAGUCUGCAGCAUCAACAGACGCAGCAGAAACAAACUUCCAGUCGCAGCAUGGAUUUCAACAUGAAGAAACUGGCUUCUGGCGCCGGGGUGUUCUUCACACGGGCGGUACAGUUCACGGAGGAGCGGCUCGGUCAGGCCGAGCGGACCGAGCCGGACGCGGACCUCGAGCGGCUGGCGGGCCGCGCCGACGUCACCCGGCUCUGGACCGAGAGGAUCUGCCGGCAGACCGAAGUCCUGCUGCGGCCCAAUCCCGUGGACUACACUGGUGUCCGGAUGGAGGAGUUCCUGUAUGAGAAGCUGGACCGCACGGCGCCGCAGAGGCCAGCCAGCGGCCAGCUGCUAGGCCGCCACAUGGAGGACGCCGCCAGGUCCCUGGGCCCAGAGCUGGCCUACGGCCGAGGCCUGCUCCUGGUGGGCGCGUGUGAGCAGCGUCUGGGCCGGGCGGAGCGGGAGUUCUCCCAGGUCUCAGCCGUGGCUCUCAUCGGCCCACUGAGAGACUUCCUGGAGGGCGACUGGAGCCUCAUCACCAAAGAACGCCGUCUGCUGGAGAACCGCCGUCUGGAUCUGGACGCCUGCAAGGCCCGACUGAGGAGAGCCCAGGCCGCCGAGAGCAAGGCUGCAACGCAGCCUGACUUCCAGGAGACCAGACCUCGGAACUACGUCCUCUCUGCCAGCGCCUCAGGGCUCUGGACCCAGGAAGUUGAAAAGGCUUCUGGUCUGCAGGCUGGAGAUGAGCUCCAGCGAGCGCAGGCGGAGUUUGACCAGCAGGCGGAGGUCACCAAACUACUGCUGGGGGACAUCAGCAGCACACACGUGAACCACCUGCGCUGCCUGCACGAGUUUGUGGAGGCCCAGGCAGCGUACUACAAGCAGUGUCACCUGCACAUGGAGGACCUGCAGAAGGAGCUAGCGUGCGGCUCCGCGGGGGGCUCUGGCCAGCAGGGGGAGCAGAGUGGGGGAGGGGGGGACCCCCCCAGCCCCCCCCCAGGAAGCCGCCGCGCCCGGGUCCUGUUUGACUACGACGCGGCCGACGCCUCGGAGCUGUCGCUCUACGCAGACCAGCUGAUUACAGUGUAUACAGUGCCUGGGAUGGAUUCUGAUUGGCUGAUCGGAGAGAGAGAAAACCACAGAGGAAGAGUUCCUGUCACCUACCUGGAGCUGCUCAGCUGAACACACACACACACACACGCACACGAACGCAUACACAUACACACACGCUCUAAGACUGAUCCUAGUCAGCAUGUGAUGGGACUGAUGUUAGCUAACAUGUGAUGGGACUGAUGUUAGCUAACAUGUGAUGGGACUGAUGUUAGCUAACAUGUGAUGGGAUUGAUGUUAGCUAACAUGUGAUGGGACUGAUGUUAGCUAACAUGUGAUGGGACUGAUCCUAGUUAGGAACAGUCCCAUCACAUGUUAACUGACUUUUUUGUGUGCAUUUGUCUUCAAACACAGCAGAGCCAAACUGCCCAGGUCCCCUUUUAGCCAAUCAGAGAAGUCCACUAACCUGCCAUGGGAGCGCUCUGUCUGGAGGGGGGGGGUAUCCAAUAAUAUAUAUAUCAUUGAGGUUACUAAUAAGGAUUAUUGUUAAUGUUAUGUUUUAUUUAACUUUGUGCCACGGAUGUGCAGCCUACUUCUGGAACCAGACAGUCUGGUCAUGUGAUGUUUACAUAUUUAUUUAUUUUGCUGCUCUGUCUGUCUGUCUGUCUGUCUGUCUGUCUGUCUGUGCGUGUGCGUGCGCGUGUGUGUGCGCGUGCGGGCGUUUGUGUUUCUCCUGUCUGUAUUGUAUAUGUAUGUAUUUUCCCGGAUUACGCUUUCAAUUAAAAAAAACUUAAAAAUAA